AUGCAAAGUGAUGAUUUGUUAGCGAGUGAAUUCGGACAGCUUAUAAGCCAUUAUCGUGCGUGUUCGAAAAAAUUUCGCGUGAUUCGAGGAAGGUUUGACGUGACGAUUGCGCUUGCAGUGAAUCAAGUAGGAGACAGUACACUUGAUGUAAUUUUAAAUAGGAUUAGCUCACGGAGUAUCGGUAUUUAUGGAAACCAUGAAGUUUAG